AUGGCAAAGUUCGGUUUGUGUGCUUUGCUGGCGCUUUUAUGCGCUAUGUCGUUGCUAAGCAGCAUUGGUGCUGAAGAACUCUCUGCUGCUGAAGCUAUUAUUGAAGCGAGGAACGAUGAAGCAGCCGUGGAAUUGCCUCAGCCUCAGGCUAACCAACCACUUGCUGAGUCAAUUCCUGCUAAAUCGGAAUUACAGGAAAUGCCUAUUGUAAUCGUCGAGGUAGACGAUAAGAAGGACGAGGAACAGGACAAACCGAUCGAAGAGGAAGCAUUAGCAGAUCAGGAAGCGGCUGCUAUUCAAGCAGAAGAUAGUAAGAAAAAAAAUCUUGAACUUGAAAUAAACGCCGAGGUACUUGCGCAGCCAGGCAUGGCUCGUUUGGCCCGUCAUCUCAAGAGCCUUCAAGACUAUCCAGUAUUUAGAAUACAGAAAUCCAACGGUUUACAACGCACUGCCCACAAGAUCCGCGAAUAUGACGAUGACGAAGAUGAUGGCUUACUGCCCGAAGAACGUGCUGUACGUCGGCGCAAACGCAUACGCCGUCGCAAUACCAACAACAAUGUUCGCAAGUCACAUCGCAAACAGAAUGUCUCCAAUCGCUCUAGACCUCAAAGUCAACGCCGCAAAUCUGUACGUAAGCCGAAUGUGAAGAGCUCGGUCAAGCGUCGUCCUUCCAACAACAGCAGUUAUCAUCGUGGCAACAACAAAAGUCAGAAAAAGACAAGAUCGAGCAAACCAAGUCGCAAAUCAUCGAAAAAAGGUUCUCGCAAUACAAAACGGAAAUCCUCACAAAGGAAACGCCCGCAGAAACACCACGAAUAUGUAAUGGAUGAGGAUUCCUAUAGUGUUCUAGCCGGCGAAGCACCUGUUGCGUUCGAGGGAAGAAUUUUCGCACAGGCUGCCUAA